AUGUCUGGUAUCAAAUCUCGGCUCUCGAGCCUGCUUGCUCAUAUGACGCCGACAACCUCGGCUCCGUUUGAACAUAAUUUCAAUCGUCAUUCCCUCUCGCCGACAUUUUUCCUUCCCAGGGCUGCGGCUAUCGAACCUAAUGCAGAAGCAGUCUACCAUGUGACGGUCGAUAAACAGGUUCUCCGACGAACCUACAAAGAGACUGCUGCUCGGGCUUGUGGUCUGGCGUACUAUCUCAAGAAACACGAAUUCCGAAGAAUCGGGAUCCUCUCCCCCAACACCCCAGCCUUCCUGGAGUCAAUUUUUGCAAUUGCGGCUGCGGGCGGCGUAAAUGUUGCUGUCAAUUAUCGCCUAAAGGAAGAUGAUAUAGCUUAUAUUUUUGAUCAUGGAGAUGUGGACAUGAUCAUCGUGGAUAAGGAAUUUGAACCGUUGCUUGCAACUUAUCGAUUGCAACAUCCCAAUGUUCCGUUUCUUGUGGAUGAUGAUGAAUUUAGUGAGCCCUGGGAGGUGACUGGGAAUGGGGCCUUUGGCAAUGCUAUCCAGGAGGGCUGGAAAUACGAUCAAGAAACCGAACAGCGUGGAUGGGAGGGACUGGAGAGCCAGGCUGUUGAUGAAGACUCCGUGAUUGCACUUGCGUAUACCAGUGGAACAACUGCGCGGCCCAAGGGAGUUGAGUUCACUCAUCGGGGCUGCUACCUGGCAACAUUGGCGAACGUGGUCGAGUCAGGUCUUAAUUUCCAUAAUGGCAGGGCUAAAUAUUUGUGGACACUACCCAUGUUCCACGCGAUGGGAUGGACAUUCCCAUGGGCUGUGACUGCUGUUCGUGGAACCCACUGCUGUCUCCGCAAGAUCGACUACCCGGAGAUUUGGAGACUGUUGAAGGAGGAGAAAAUCACUCAUUUCAAUGCCGCACCGACUGUCAACACACUUCUCUGCAAUGCUGAAGAAGCAGAAAAAUUAUCUCAUUCUGUGCGUGUCACAGUAGCUGCCAGCCCUCCAACGGCGCAUCUUUUUGAGCAAAUGACGGACCUCAACCUCCACCCAGUCCACGUUUAUGGGAUGACUGAGACUUACGGACCGAUCACCAAAGGAUAUUACCUGCCACAAUGGGACAACAUCCCUUUGAAAGAGAAAUAUCAGAAAAUGGCGCGCCAGGGCCAUGGUUUUAUCACUAGUCUUCCGGUACGGGUGAUUAAAACUGACGUGCCCGAGGGAACGAUCAUCGAUGUCCAGCGAGAUGGCAAAGAGAUCGGCGAGAUCGUGUUCCUGGGCAAUAUCUGUGCUCGCGGUUAUUACAAGGACUCUGAGGCCACCCGGAAAUUGUUUGCUGGUGGUGUUCUACACUCCGGAGAUCUGGCUGUGUGGCACCCAGACGGUGCCGUUCAAAUUCUCGAUCGUGCUAAGGAUAUUAUUAUCAGUGGUGGUGAAAAUAUAUCCUCUGUUGCUCUUGAAUCCAUGCUGGUCACCCAUCCAGAUAUCCUUGAGGCGGGUGUGGUCUCUGUCCCGGAUAGUCACUGGGGCGAACGACCGCAGGCAUUUAUUACGGUAAAACCAGGAAAGAACUUGCAAGGUCAAGAUGUGAUUAGCUGGGCUCGCAACUCCAGUGAUAUUAGCAAAUUCAUGAUUCCAAGGGAAGUGGUAGUGGUGGCCGAGUUACCCAAGACCAGUACAGGCAAAAUUCGCAAAAAUGUGUUGCGAGAAUGGGUGAAAGGGACUCAGCAAGGCAGUAACUGA